AUGAAUGACUGCAGGCCAAUUUUAAUUCUUGUUCGUGCAAACGUUGAUUAUCAAAAGGGCUCUGCAUUCAUGGCACAAGUGAGUCUAGGCGCAUUCAUGGCACAAGUGAGUCAAGGAUUUAACAAUCUUCCAACAAUCACAUUCCAUCUGAGUGGUGCUGAUCUUCUGCUGCAGCCUCAAGCUGCGUUUUAUGUGGAUACAAGCGAUGAACCCUCCAAGCGAGAGUACUUUUGCUUGGCAAUGUCUUCAGAAAGUGAUGAGACAGUCAUAGGUGCAUACCAGCUAACACAUCACCGUUUCCAUAUAUGA